UGAACAGGUAGGUGUAUUGAUACCUAAUCAGAGAAGUGAGAAAAAUAAAACUAUAAAUUUGGUUGAAGGUAAUUGUAGAAUAACAAUAACCAAGCUCCCAAAAAGUUUAGAAGAAGAGAUUGUUAGAGAGAAAGCAAAACAAAUUUUGCAAAAUAGAUAUGGGUUUAGUAAAAAUCAAGAUUCAGAGCUGGGCCCAGAUUUAGAUUCAGACGAGGACUCAGAUGUGCCUCAGAUAGUGUACGAUUUCUCUGAGAAAUAUCUGGGAAAAAUCCCAGUAAAAGCGUUAAUAGAUACAACAUCUAAAUCUAAUACUAUUAGCAGAUGCUUGUUUGAUAAGCUUAAAGAAGAUUAUGGAAUACGUCCUACCUGCGAUCUUGCUGAGAAUCUCUAUAGAGAUGUAAUAGGUGAAAUAAAAUGCUUAGAUUUACAAUUCCGCUAUAAAGGAAAGUGGCGAAGCUUAGAUGGCACUGAAGUAAUAGACUUUCAAAUUCGCAAAAAUCCAUCGUUCGAUUUGGUCCUGGGACAAGAAUGGUUAAGGAUGCGUGAAGCAAAAAUUAUCUUUGGGUUUUCUCCCAAAACUUAUAAACACCACGAUAAAAUUGUAAUAGAUGAUAUGAGUAUCCCAUUAAUCGAGGAUAGCAAUAAAGCCAGCUCUAGUAAAAAUAACCUAUUUGAUUCUUCUGAUUCUGAAACAGAAACCAAUUCAUCUGACUUCAAUUCUCACAAUCGUCCUCGAAAGAAGAAAUGCAAGUCUAGCCAUUUUAUGAAUACCUCCAACUUGAGAUCUAAACCCGAUCUAAUUUUGGAGGAGGACAACUUUUAUCUGUACCAGUUUUAUCAGGAAUUCAUGUCAAAGAUUCUAUU